UGAAUUACCUUUAUCCGAUAUAGAAAUAGUGUUGGGUUAUUUGUAUUGCAGGUACACACACAUUGAAACUUUAUUAUUGUGUCAAAGUUUCAAAACUUGUGUAUAUGCACACACACACACACACACCAGAGGUUAUAAAACCAAUACCCCGGUACAUCCACUUUUUGACAUCCUUCCUUCCAUCCACAACAAACAAACAACUCACACACAAUGGCUUCUGAACAACCAGCUCAAACUCCUCCUUCUCCAACCCAAAAGGCCAAGGGCUUCUUCGGUUUGGGUAAGAAGGAUGGCAGUAAAACACCUACUCACAAUGUCGCACAAACUCCAUUAUUGGAAUCAGGUAACCCUCUAGACAAGGCACACGUUCCAACAGAAGCACGCAAUCAAGAGAUUGUCGGUCAACAAGGCGUUCACGUUGAAGAGGGUCAAUCAAAGAUUUUAUUGGCUUUGGAUGGAACGGAAGCAGGUGAUAAAGCAUUCCAAUACAUCUUAAACUCAAAAGUUCUAUCAAAUCAAGCACACAUCUUUGUUGCAACCGUUUUGCCUGCUCAAGUUUUGAGCGGUCCAUGGGUUGCAGGACCACUUUCGAUCGAUACAAAGAAACAAAACGAAUUAUUAAAACAAUUACGUGCUCAAGCAUUGCAAAAAUUACAACCUUAUCGUGAACAACUGAAAGCAAACGGAUACCAAUGCACUUUGCACGUCUUGCACGGUGAUGCACGUCAAUCUUUGAUUCGUGUCGCUCAAUACCACCACGUCAACUUGGUCGUCGCCGGUAAACGUCACCGUAAGGGUCUUUUGCAAUCAGGUGGCGGUGCAACCAGUAAUCACUUGGUUCAUCAUGCACCUUGCCCAGUUUUGAUUAUCAAAUAAAGCAAUUCUUUUCGCGCUUUCUAAUGAUGCAAGAAAUAUAUCCGUAGCCGUUUCUCACCGCUCUCAACAACUUAUCUUUUUUCUACUUCGCUUUACAAGCUCUUGCUUC